UAUACCAUGGCCCAUGGGAUAUUUUCAUUAUUAUAUUUUUUGAUCGAUUUGAAUCUGCUAUUCUUAUUUCCUUAGUCUAAACUCGAAAAAACAUAAAAAUUGAUUAAUAUUGAAGUAUAAUUUGCUGAGUUCUGGUCGUUUCUGCCAAUAUUAAAAAAUAACAACUACUCAUCCAGUUUUUUUGUUAAGAUUUUGCAUUUUUAUUAAUAUAAAGAUUUAAGUGUAAUGUUUUCAAAAUCAAUUGCUAAUCUAUACAGGAAUGGAUUGAAUUCCACCAAAGUGUUACAGAAUGUUAUAUGUAAACGUAAUUUGUAUGAACCAGCUGCCCUAGGAUUAGAUAAGUACCAAUAUUAUAGAGAGAAACUAAGCAGUCAAUAUAGUGAUGUCGACAAGCAGACAUUUUUGGAGCGCAUGCAAUCAUUUGCUAUUCCAGAAUCUACCAGUCUUAUAUUCACUGAAGAUUUGAAACAAAUUGUGCAUAUGAUUGAUGAUAAUGAAGUUGAAUUAAAACUUGUUGAACAAAUGAUGAAAAAGUUUAACCAACAAAAUAAAGGAUUGCGUUUUGGAAAUUUUACAUUUGGCCCUGUUGUAAUGCGUAUGUUUUAUCAUCUUAAUAAACCUGAUUUUGCGUUGAAAAUGUUUUAUGAACCAGAAUUGGAAGGAUUUUUCAAUCAUUUAACAUCGUAUCAAAUUUUAAUGGAUUUAUUAUUCAUAAAUGGAAAAUAUGAUGAAAUUUUGAGUGCAUACAAAACAAUUCAAGAGCGACAGUUACAAAUAGCGAAAUUUCCCAAAGGAGUAAUGAUGUUGGUAUUUGCCGCCUGUUACAAACUCAACACAGCAGAAAGUUUUGAAUAUGCUUGCAAAUUAUGGACCGAACAACAAGAAGCUGGUCACAUUCCUAUUAGAAAAACUGUUACGUUUUUCGCUGCCAAUGCUUUGAACCAAAAUAGUCCUCAUAUUGCAAUUGAAGUACUUUCAACUGUACGAAAUCAGGUGUAUGUGACACUGCGCAACAUAAAGGUUGUUGCACUAUGCGACUUGGGGAGAAUUCAUGAUGCACUUCCUAUACUUAGAAGUGUUUUGUCUUUAGAUCGGCCUUCAGACAGCUUUAAUAAUGCCGUGAAACAAACAUUUUGUAGAGAUGUUAUUGACAUUGUGAAAAGUACUGCUGAGAAACAAGAAAGCAAGGAAAUUUCAUUGGAAUUGGAGAGAAUAUUAAGUCAAUUUGAAGAGUUAAACAUUAUUUCAGAAACAACACUAGAUUCGAUCCUGUGUACAGAUGUCAAAAUGGUUGAGCGACCAGUGAAUAAUAAUUAUCAGGAUAACAUGGUAGCAGCUAGUUACGGCAAUAGUCGACCUUAUAAGAAACGAGAAUAUAGACGUCCCGGUAUUAGUGAUAUGCUAUAGUAGAAUAUAAUAAUGUAAAACAAAUAAUUAUUUAUGUAGAGAAAAAGUGUACUAUUUAUAAUAAACAAGUAAAAAUUGU